AUGGCUCAAGCUGCUGCAUUGACUGAGGAUAUCUCCAAGUUGAGUGUUGAAUCCAAGUCGGUUUCCCAGAAUGUGACUCCAUGGGAAGUUGAGGGUGCUGUAGUCGAUGGUGUUCAGCAGGCAAUUGACUACAACAAGUUGGUUGACCAGUUCGGUACAUCGCGUAUUGAUGAGGCUCUCUUGAAGCGUUUUGAGACCUUGACUGGUAAAACACCUCACGUAUUGUUGAGACGUGGUACAUUCUUCUCUCACAGAGAAUUUACCCGUAUCUUGGAUCGUUAUGAGCAGAAGAAGCCUUUCUUCUUGUACACUGGUCGUGGUCCUUCAAGUGCUUCGAUGCAUUUGGGACACAUGAUUCCUUUUGUCUUCUGCAAAUGGCUCCAGGAUGUAUUUGAUGUUCCUCUUGUUAUUCAGUUGACCGAUGACGAAAAGUUUUUGUUCAAAGCAGAUUUGACAGUUGAGAAGUGCAACCAGUUUGCUUACCAGAAUGCGAAGGAUAUCAUUGCCUGCGGAUUCAAUCCCGAGAAGACCUUCAUUUUCUCCAACUUGGAUUAUAUGGGUGGUGCUUUCUACCACAAUGUAGUCCGUAUCUCACGUUGUAUUACCUCUAACCAGUCCAAGGCUACCUUUGGAUUCAAUGACAGUGACAAUGUGGGCAAGUUGCAUUUCGUGUCUGUUCAGGCUGCCCCUUCCUUCUCCAACUCUUUCCCUCAGAUUUUUGGAGGAGCCAAGGAUAUCCCUUGCUUGAUUCCUUGUGCAAUUGACCAGGAUCCUUACUUCCGUUUGACCCGUGAUGUGGCUAAACGUCUUAAAUACCCAAAGCCAUCUCUCAUCCACGCCAAGUUCUUCCCUGCUCUUCAGGGUCCUCAGACAAAGAUGAGUGCUUCUAUUGACUCUUCUGCUAUCUUCAUGACUGAUACUCCCAACCAGAUCAAAAAUAAGAUCAACAAAUAUGCAUUCUCUGGUGGAGGAGUUACUGUUGAGGAGCACAGAGCUAACGGUGGAAAUCCUGAUGUUGAUGUUUCCUACCAAUACUUGAGCUUCUUCUUGGAAGAUGAUGUUGAAUUGAAGCGUAUUCACGAUUCAUACAAGUCUGGUGAGAUGAUGACAGGUGAAUUGAAGAAGACCUGCAUUGAACUGUUGCAGAAUUUCGUUGGUGAUUUCCAGAAGCGCAAGAAUGCAGUUACAGAUGAGACUGUUGCUUAUUUCAUGGACAAGACUCGCAAGAUCAACCCUAUCUAA